UGAAGCCCCGCCCCCUCCCGCUCUGCAGCAGCCUCGUGAAAGGGGGGAAAUCUCUCCCUCCCCGCACUCUGUUGUCUGGUCCCGCAUUUUUCGGCGUGCGCUCGGCAGAGGCGGCAGGCAGGCGGGCGGGCGGCCCAGGGACCGGUCAUGUCCUCCCCGGCGCCGUUGGCGCGCAGACGAUCCUGUUACCUCUGCGACCUGCCCCGCAUGUCCUGGGCCAUGAUCUGGGACUUCAGCGAGCCCGUGUGCCGCGGCUGCGUCAAUUACGAGGGCGCGGACCGGAUCGAGUUCGCCGUCGAAACCGCCCGCCGCCUGAGGCGGACUCACGGCCUUCGUGAAUCCAAAAGCGGGAAGGAGAUCCUCAGCCAGCAUUUGGCGGACGGACCCGGAAAGUCUCAGCGGCCCUCUUCGGAUCGGUACUCCCUGCUCGGCGCGGACACCCGGGUCAGGUCGGACCGAGGUAGGCUUCCUAACGGGCUCGGGUCGCCGAACGGGUUCAAACCGGACGACGGACCGCCCGAGCUGAACCGUCAAAGCCCGAACUCCAGGAGCAGGAUUCACGGGGGUCCGGCGUCGGCGCCGGGACUCGUUAACGUGCCGCCCGACCUGCUGCCCCAGAUGCCGGCGAAUGGACCGAGCGCACGGGACGUGGCCGGCGGAAGCGCGCCGCAGGGCUCCGCGCUCGGUCCGGUGUGUCCGAAUGAGCCGUCCGGGAAACGGGAGCGGGACCGGGAGACGAAAGACAAGCAGAGGAACGCAGAGACACUGAGCGAGCUGAGCGAAAGCCUUCGGAACCGUCAGGAGGACUGGGCCGGCAAGCCUAAGAUGGUUCGCGACACCCUGGCCACUCUGUCAGGGUGUACGCCCUUCGAGGUCCGCUUCAAGAAGGACCACGGCCUGGUGGGCCGCGUUUUCGCCUUCGACGGCGUGCCCAAAUCCGGCGUGGACUACGAGCUGAAGAUCUUCAUCGAGUACCCGAGCGGGUCUGGCAACGUGUUCUCCAGCGCCUCGGGGGUGGCCAAGCAGAUGUACCACGACUGCGUGAAGGACCUGGGCCGAGGUCCGUCCUCCGGGUUCAAGUAUCUGGAGUACGAGAAGAAGCACGGUUCUGGUGACUGGCGGCCGCUCGGUGAUUUGUUGCCAGAACCUCUGCGGGUCUUCAAGGACCGCGUGGGGGGGGAUAUGCUGCCGCAGCCCCACGUCGACGGCACCCACUCGCUGUCGCCCGCCUCCCCGCUGCCCUCUGCCCGGGCCCGGGCCCCGUGCGGUUCCCGGAAGAGGAAGUCCUCCCCGGAACCGGAUUCGGCCGAGAGCGGCCCGAAGCUGACGGAGGAGCGGCACCGGCAGUGGCUCGCCGACCAGGCCGGAGCGCUCAAAUUGUCCUGCGGCGGCACCCGGCUCGCUGCCGCCCCGGGCCGCUCCGCCCCGCCCGAGUCCGUCGAGUCCCCCGCGGUCGCCCUCGCGUCGGCGGCGGACGGUCUCGGGCGCGCGCCGUUCCCGGACAAGGACCGAGACUCCGUCCGCGGCGGCGGGCCCGCGUCCCCCGCGGACGGUCAGAGGGGCCUCCCGUCCCGCGACGGAGACCCCGCGGGUGACGGCGCGGAGCCGGCGACCGCGGCCUCCGGCGGACCUCUGUGCUGCACGUUGUGUCACGAGCGCCUGGAGGACACUCACUUCGUCCAGUGUCCGUCCGCCGCCCGCCACAAGUUCUGCUUCCCGUGCUCCCGGGACAGCAUCAAGGCCCAGGGCGCCGCCGCGGAGGUGUACUGCCCCAGCGGGGACAAGUGCCCGCUGGUGGGCUCCGACGUGCCGUGGGCCUUCAUGCAGGGCGAGAUCGCCACCAUCCUGGCGAGCGACGUGAAAGUCAAGAAGGAGAGGGACCCCUGAGGAAGCAACCAUGAAUUGCACUCAACGAAACACCGAGCCCUGCCGCCGAUAGCGAAAACGCCGUCUUUGAUUCGCGCCCCCCCAGCCCCCCCAAAAAAGGCUUCUAAUUGCCUACAGAUGCCCCGAGAUGGCGUUAAAGCAGUCCUUUUGAAUUGGACGAGGAUUUGACCUAAGCACAAAAAUGGUGAAUAACGGAGGAUAGUUUCAUCCGCAAAUAAGAAAAUAGGGUGAAUGAAAAGUAAUUCCCUAUUUGAAAAUCCUUAUUUAUUUAUUCGUAUGUUGUAAUAUUUUCCUCAAUUUCUUUUGUGCACGAGUGGCCAGCCAGAAGACUGCGCCUUUUUUCCGUGGGGUUGAUGAAGGGAGCAAGCGCGUCCUACCGAACGGACGACGAAUACGAGAAUCGUUCCUCGUGAAAUCCGUUGAGUUGAGAAAGUGCCGGCGCCCGUCUCCGAUUUGAAAUCAAACGCCGUGCAACACACUUUCAUUUCUUGGAAGAAUUAUAGUUCGGUACUUCAAAAUAGGCCGUUAAUUUUCAAUCACCCUGUGUCUAUAAAAUUAGAAAAUAAAAAAAAUAUUGAAAAUAUGCUAUCGGCGGGGGAUAAGGAACGAGAUGGUCCCCAAAAAACCGACAACGGGAGGAAUUGACGCGCCCGCCAAAAUGUUCCCCACAACUUUCUCCGCCAGAUUUUCCCACCAACUGUGAUCUCAAAACGCUCCAAUAUCAUUACAAACUCAACCUAAAACAUUAGUCCUCAAACUCAUUUGGCAGCAGUGCACGCGUGUCACCUUCGCAACCAAAACCCGUUGUUCGCUUUUUAACUCAAUUGCCGGCGUUUUCUGCCGAGCGUCGCGGAAUCUUGUGUUCGGCGACAACAUCGGCAACAAACCUGCCGAAAGAGCAGUCGACUCGCUUCCUUCCCCAGAAAGAAAAGCUCGUUACGAGCUUUUUGCUUGCGUUCUUUCCAAAUCGGCAGUACAGCGUUCGCCAAAAACACCGGUCGGCGACAAAAAAGCGGAGAAAACGGAACCGAUCAAGCGGAACAGCGACUUUGACGCUGACAUUCUUGGCUUUUAUGACCCCUCGAACUAUACAACAACAAAAACAAGAACGGGAAAGGGCUCUUGAUGACAAAACCAUCCUUCAUUUCCAGCUGAAACUAAGAAACGCGCCGUGAGCGCAGCCGACUCACCGCGUGGCUCGAGAUGAACGUCGUUGGUUUUUGUACGUGGCGUUCGCCGUUCGCUCCGUGAACCGCCUCGUCUUUUCUCACGAUCGCGACGCCUGCUCCGCGUCUACGUGGCGGCAUAUCCGUUCUCCGGG